AUGUUUGCAUCACGUAGUGACUUGCAAUCCCGUCUGUGUUGGAUUAUUCUAAAGGCAACCUUGUAUUCAUCCUGGUUACUUGGAGUAUUUCCCUACAGAUUCGAUUCGCGAAAUGGCCAGCUGAAACGCUCCAGAUUUCUACUAUUUUACGGACUAAUCGUGAACUUCUUCCUGCUUCUGAAAAUGGUGUGCUCAGGAGGUCAGAAGCAGGGCAGUCCAGGGCAGGCAAUUGGCAUGGUGACCGUUUUCUCAUGCUUGGUAAUACAUUUUUUUAACUUUUGGAGAAGCACAAGAGUGCAGGACUUGGCCAAUGAACUGCUAGGCCUUGAGUAUCAGCACUUUGCCAGUCUGAACGAAACUAGUUGCCCCAAGUUCAACUGUCUCGUGAUUCAAAAGUCGGCUUCUGCGAUUGGUCUUUCAAUGUCAUAUCUGAGUGUAGCCUACGGACUGCCUGGCAACAACUUCUCCGUGGAAAUGGUGGUCGUAAACUCCUUAGUGCAAUUCAGCAUUAAUUGCAAUAUAAUGCAUUAUUAAAUCGGGGCCUUGUUAAUCUAUCGCUAUAUAUGGCUAAUCAACGGACAACUAUUAGAACUGGUCACGAAUCCUAAACUGGAUCGUUCGGUGGACUCCUCGAGGAUUCGGAAAUCCCUAUCAUUGUACCGCCGCCUUUUGGAGCUCAGAAAAUAUAGUAUAUAUUAUAUACUAGUUCUUACAACUGGUUUAGCGUGUAACAUUUUGGCCAUAUAUUCCUGGAUUGUGUUCGACAUUAGCAUGAACAUACGAUCCAUCAGUCUGCUGUUCUUAUUUGUUAAUGUUUGGAAUCUUUGGUUGAGCAUUGUCGCCUUCGAUCUAGCGGAGAAUGCUGGCAAAAAUACCCAAGCUGUACUUAGACUUUUUGCUGAUCUAGAGGUGAAAGAUAUUGAACUGGAAAGAAGUGUGAAUGAAUUCGCAUUGCUGUGCAGUCAUCGUCAGUUUAACUUUCACGUGUGUGGACUUUUCACUAUAAGCUAUAAAAUGGGUUUCCAAAUGAUUAUCACCAGUUUCUUAUACUUGAUUUACUUGAUUCAAUUCGAUUUCAUGAAUUUGUAA